AUGCCUCCGGCGAACUCGGAGACACCAGCUGUGGAGCUCGAGGAAAUCGAGAAAGAAUUGUGGCGCCAAAAGCUGAAGUGGGAACAAGAUCUUGAUGAUCAGAGGGAGCACAGACUCCUCCGAGAAGGCCUCUUUUACCAUGAUGACAGCUUAAAUGGCCUCAGUGAUGACGACAGGAUGUGGGAGAUAAUCAGAAUGAGUUUCCUACAGGUCGCCGACGUGCUGGACAGUGUUGGGCUUGCGCAUUACUUCGAAUACUUCUUACAACGCGGAAUUCUCGGGGCGAAGCACAUGCGCUUGCUCACGCUGAAGUACGUGGAGACAAAGAUGCCAAGAAUCAGGGACCCGAUCGAGCGGGCAGCAAUUGUGGAUGCAGCCGCAGAGUGCAUGCAAAACGAGGACAUGCGCUUCUUUGAGGCGAGGUAUGGGGACAUUGACAGGUUAAUACUGGACUGCCAACAUGCGCGCCGAUUCUUAUCAGAGAAGACGAUCCAUGAGAAGUGGCUGUUGGAUCAGUAUGACUUGACGAGCCCGCUACAUGACGACACCAACAGUUUCAAGACGAAGUGGCACGUGCCGCAAAAGGACAAGGAUUCUUUCUAUGAGUACGAUGACUGGGUGGCAGCAACUGGCUGCGAUGGCUUUUUGUUUCUCUGGCCCAUCCCAGAGUCAGCAGCAUCCAUUGAGGAUGCACAGGCGGCAACAAAAUGUAGCGCAGAUUCUCGACACCGAGUUCCUCCCGUCAUCAGGUGCAGGAAACUUCAUGCUGCGCCAUGUAUUGACUUUGCAGUUGACUGGAAAGCAAUGCGUGCCAUCACUUGCGGACUUGACAACAAAAUAUCAGUGUACAAUUUCUCAGAGGACAAUCAUGAUGAAAUUCGUGAAAAAAGCACGGAACAAGGCUUUUUGUGCAUUGACGCAAAGCUUGAAGAUGGAAAGGCCGCAGCUGGAACCAAUUUUGGUCACAUCAAGGUGCUGGACGUGGAAAACAAGAAAUUCCUCAUGUCGUUGCCUGGCCAUCAAGAUCACUGCAAGGAUCUGCGCUCGCAGAAGCUGAUUCACAAACUUGUGGGCCACAAUGCAAACUGCAGUGCAAUCGAUGUGGACUUCCAGAAGAGAAGGGCAGCAUCUACGGCAAAUGAAUAUCGCUUCAUCUUGUGGGAGUGGGACCUGAGGAACUUUAGGCAGCUUGCAGUCUGUGAGUCGCGUGGGCACAACGCAAACUGCCUUGUCGCGGACUGGGCAAAGGGCAGGCUUGCAACAGGCUCGGAUGAUGGACUGGUUAGGAUCUGGAAUCUCAACGAGCCAAAAUGGGAGCCCAUGUGGGAGAAAUCAAUCGACUGCAUGCACGAGAUGACUGUUGCCAUUGACGCUGAUUGGGAAAGCAACCGCCUUGUGACUGCUUCCUGGGAUUACAACGUUGACAUGUGGGAUCUUGAGACUGGUGACCUCCUCCAUCACUUCGUCAAACCUCGCCGAUGUAUGACCCAGGCUUGGUCCCCAGAGGAUGGUCAGCUUCAUGCAGAGGCCAUCAAAAGCCACCUUGGUAAGGUCAAGACCUUGUUGACAAUGGGGAAGGAGGUGCAUGAGGUGGCGCUUCAGCAGGCUCGGGAGGCUGCCUCGAGGCUGAAGGACACUCAGAGCAAGUGGACGGCUUCAUCGGAUGCCAAGCACAAGGUUCAAAGUGUGGUGGAUCAGUCGCAGACGGUCAAAGACUAUGCUGCUGCAGGCUCUUCCCAAAGCCAGCUGCUCUUCGUGUUGAUUGUUGUCUGUGUGUCUGUCCUCGGUGCCAUGUUCUUCAACAGGAUGCGCUAUUACGAGAAGAAACAUUUCAUCUGA